GUGACGAGUGACGAUGAUGGCCGUAGCAGCUACUGCUUCCCUCAAACCCACGUCUUCCUGUCUUCUCUGUCUCCGGCCAAGAACCAAACUUCCCGCCGGUUAUCGGCCUGUUCUAUGUGCUAUCGAACGCCAAGCACUCUUUAAUCGCAUCGCUCCUGUCUAUGAUAAUUUGAACGAUUUGUUGAGCUUGGGACAGCACCGUGUGUGGAAAAGAAUGGCCGUCUCCUGGAGCGGAGCAAAGGAGGGAGACUGCGUGCUGGAUUUGUGUUGUGGAAGUGGGGAUUUAGCGUUUCUCUUGUCUCAGAAGGUUGGCUCUCAAGGGAAGGUGACUGGUCUUGAUUUCUCAAAGGAGCAAUUAUUCAUUGCAGCAUCUCGACAAGGCUUGCUUUGGAAGCCUUUCUACAAGAACAUUGUGUGGAUAGAAGGCGAUGCACUUGAUUUACCAUUUCCAGACUGUCACUUCGACGCAAUAACUGUUGGCUAUGGGCUACGCAAUCUGGUAGAUAGAAAUAAAGCUAUGAAGGGGAUGUUGCGAGUCCUAAAACCAGGUCAUUUUAUUCUCUCUCUCUCACAAACACACAAUGCACACACACGCAUCUCAUUAUUGCUGUUUUUUCCAGGUGCCAGAGUUUCAAUUCUGGAUUUCAACAAGAGCUCACAACUAUUUACUUCCACAGUGCUGGUAUUUAUUUUGAUCAGCUGAUGAAUAAUCAAUAUUUUCUUGCUUAAAUUGAUUUCAUUUUAAUUGCGUUUGUUUUUUGGAAAGAAGCACUGCGGUUUUGUAUUUGGUAUCAGUUUGAAUAAGAAAUCUGUUACUUCUGUGUGUUUACAUUGCCAUGUGAUCCGCUUUUGGUGCAUCUUCUAUAGUGCAAAUCAGGUAUCAAUGAAAUUCUCUGCAUGGUAAGUGUUGGAAACAUUUUGAGUUGUGACCACUGCAAACCUUAAAUAUUGUGAUUUAUGCUUCUGUGUGAGAAUGUUGAAGGAUGUACUGGUAUCCAUCUUUUAGUUGAUAGUGGCAUGAAGUAUGAAGAAAGAAAUAAUAAGAAUACAUGAACAUGAGUAUAGUGAGCUGUGUGUUCAUCUAGAAGACUUUAUAAAAUUCUCUGUCCAUCAUAUAUUAUUCACCCAUUUAUUAUGUCUGUCUGUAUAGUAUCUACCCAAAUUUGAAAUCUAAUUUAAUGUGAUUAUUCAUUUAUUAUCAAUGUUGGAGGAUGAGUUAUCCUAUUUUGUGUUUCAUGUAAUUUGAAGUCACCAUAUCGUCAAGGACCACGCAAUUUGCAUUUGAAAAGGGCAUAACUAAGGAUUCUGAGAAGCUUAUUUAGAAUUGGGGCACUAUGGAACUUGAAGAAAUGAACUAAGCUCUAUUUCUUUAUCAUUUGAAGUGACUUUAGGAUGAUGCUGUCAUGCAUUUAAAUGCUUUGUGGUAUUGCAUGUAGAGUUGCCACUUAGAAGAAGUGGUUUGUGUAUUUAAAUGGCCCUUUAGAAUAUUUGAUUUCAUUCAAACAAUAUAGGGAUCAUCUUGUGACUUGUAACUUGUAAGUAUAAAGUCCUAAUGCAGAAUACCAGCAUAGAUGCAAACAGUUUAUUUGAUUUUGAUCCUGUUCAUUUUUGCAAGGAAUGGAUGAUUGAUAACGUUGUCAUUCCGGUUGCAAGCAGUUAUGGACUAGCUGAAGAGUAUACAUACUU